AGUCGUGAUUCAAAUCUCAAGCAAGGAUAGCCUCUCUUUUGACGUGCGGGUGGUUUUCGUAACACACGUACUGUGAACGGGGCAAACGUCUGAUGAACUUGUGGACCCGUUCCCGCUAAGUUCGAACACUAAGCGAAGUUAGCUUUUGUCACUUCUUUUGGGUGUCGGUCCUGGAGAGACAUGCGGCAUUUGUCCUGUAAAUGCCGAACUCGACGAAAUCAUCCAAUGAAAAGCAACAAUGCUAAAUGACGAUCAAAGGUGCUUUGCGUUUCGUCUGCCGGUGCGCUCACUAAAGUCAUCUCAAUUCAAAAGGACAAAAAUCAACCCAAUGUAAUAAAUUGCCGUGGUCAAGAUCGAACAGAAGCGUAGGUCUCGACCGGCGAUAUUAGGGUCGCUCGCCAAAACUAGCGAGCGAAUAGCGCUGACGAGCCACUGCUGCUUCAGGCGCAGGUCCUCCAGACCCAAUAGGCAGCAUUGAGGAAACUGCGGUUGCGACGUUACACCUCGUCGUGUCCCUUAGCGCUUAUUGGACUUGGCCACAUUCCUGUUGGCGAACGGAGGCUCCAGCGCGCUGCUAGCCGGCGAGCUGAGCAGCGUGCUCGUCUCCUCGAGCAAAUGAGCUCGGGCGACGUCACACGCGCGCGCGCUAAUAGUGCGGUGCGCGCACCAGCGCGUCGUUUGCGUGGCCUCGGCAUGGAGCGCAUGUCCUCGCCCGUUCGCUUUGGCAGCAACGCUAAAGGUAUGUCACGUUAGAUGACCUUUUACUUAUUUCCUUGCGAAAUGUCCCCUCUAGGAUUAAAGGAUUACUUCUCCCAUUUUCAGAUGUUUCCACCCUCCGCUGGCUGCACUAGCACACUAUUUUACUAGCUUCCAGGAUCCUAGUUUACACCUGCGUUUUUGCGCCUUCCUUGACGCGGGCAGGAUUAACGAUUGUUGCGCUCACUCCUCGAUACGAAGAAGUUGACGCCUGCUCAUUUGCUGGCGUUCUUAACGCUGCCGCUUACGCACAUCAUGCGAUAUAUGUGGAGCACGUUAUACACGCGUGAUGUGCGGAAAAGAUACUUCUAUUCCACGUCUGUGUGUUGAUUCAAGGUUGCGUGUAUUUGUAAUCGGCAACAGAAUAAUCUUUGUGCGUUUGUGUGCAUGCACACUAACAGCUGCAACUUUGUCAGAAAAGGAGAAGCGGGAUUAAGCGGCGACAAAGCUUCGCGGGUAACGAGAACCGACGGCUCAAAGGAGGCCAGACGACGGCCGCUCGCGUGCGGAGGCGAAAUGAGAGAAGAAUUAGGGCGAGGUGGCAUUCCGACGUCACGGCUCCACGCGCCGCCCGGGAAAGAGCGGACGGAUGGACAAAGCACGAUUCGCUCAGGGCGCGACUGCGCAAAGCUGUCCAGUCUCCGCGUCGCGGACGAGGACGGAGUUCACUUCCCUUUCGCCGGCGUGGCCCCGCCUCCCGCCUCGCCCUUGUCGCCCUCCCCCGCGGCCACGCCGAGGGUGCCCCUUAGGCCCGGCCGGGGGGGCUCCGACCCGUCCGUCCCGCCCGUGUCGCAGCGCUCGCUGGACUCGCCGCUUGGCCUCGCCUGCCGCCCGCGCAGCCCCUGGGGGCGCUUCGACCCGUACGACUCGCCGGAGGACCGGGACAAAGAGUACGUCGGCUUCGCCACGUUGCCCAACCAAGUUCACAGAAAAGCCGCCAAGAAAGGUUUCACCUUCACGCUGAUGGUAGCAGGAGAGAGCGGCCUGGGAAAGUCGACGCUUAUCGACAGCCUGUUCCUGGCCGACCUUUACAAAGACCGAAAGAUUCCCGCCGCCGAAGAGCGCAUCCGUCAGACGGUCAGCACGGUGAAGCGCACGGUCAGCAUCGAGGAGAAGGGCGUCAAGUUGAGGCUGAGCGUCGUCGACACGCCGGGCUUCGGCGACGCCGUCGACAACACGCGAAGCUGGAAGCAUCUGGAGGACUACGUGGAGCGGCAGUUCGAUCAGUUCUUCAGGGACGAGAGCGGCCUCGACCGCAGGAACAUCCGAGACAACCGCGUGCACUGCUGCCUCUACUUCAUCUCGCCUCACGGACACGGACUGCGACCUCUGGACGUGGAGUGCUUGCGAGCCUUGCACGACAAAGUCAACGUGGUUCCCGUGUUGGCCAAAGCCGACAGCCUGACGCAGGUCGAGGUGCGCCGCAAGAAGAGCAAGGUCCGCGAGGAGCUGCGUCGCUUCGGGAUCAACAUCUACCCGUUCGCCGGCUGCGACUCGGACGACGACGACGACUUCAAGAGGCGCGACCGGCUGCUCAAGGACAGCGUCCCGUUCGCAGUCAUCGGGAGCGGCGUCCUGGCGGAGAGUCGAGGGCGCAGGGUCAAGGGUCGCACGUACCCCUGGGGAGUGGCGGAAGUGGAGAGUCCGGCCCACUCGGACUUCCUGCUUCUGCGGGACAUGCUGGUGAGGACGCACAUGCAGGACCUGAAGGACGUGACCCGCGAGAGCCACUACGAGAACUACCGAGCGUGCUGCAUCCGCAACAUGACGCGCAUGGUCGCGCGGGACCCCGAGCGCAGUUUGCGUGCCAAGUGUGGAGAAGAAAGCGACGCGGACGUCCCGCUGCCGCUGGCCGCCUUCGACGCGGACAAGGAUCGACUCACCUCGGAGAAAGACCAGGAGCGAUCGUCGACUUGGUGGUCCCGCAGACGUGCAGCGGCACAACACAAAGCGCCGUUUGCCAUCAGAAGAGCCCGCAAAAGCGCAAUUGGAAUUGCAUCGCAAUCGAGUUCCUACACCGGAUUGCGCAACGCAGAAGCAGAAGAAGAAUAUUCGGCGACGGGACGUGAGCCACAAAAGACGAAGGGGCUUUUUGCUUUUUGCUUUUUGCUUCUCGCUUCUUUUUCAGUCCAAAGGAGCAAAAAUGGAAAGUCGCUUUGUUGCUUUGCGUUCGCUCAGUGUGCGGUCACAGUGAUCAAGAGGUUAGGUGUGUUCGCACGCACAAAAGCACAAAAGCACAAAAGCAUGCCGCUGCAACCGCGUUCGUGUCAACAGCAAACGUGCGACGUUUCACACGUUUGCUCACAAUCAAAAUAUGUUUUUUUCUUUCCGAGCUCCAAUUGCCCAGAUGCCACAAAAUGGCAGAAAGCACUGAUCGAGCUCCUCGACUCACGUCAACGUAGUUCCUCGGCACCAGGAUGGCGCCAAAGCAAUACUUUUAUAUUCGACAGAGCUUUGGCCUGAGCACGAAAGGUUUUUGAAUUACAAUUAUGCUUUGAAUAAAAGGUCUCUUCGCUCAUCCAUCGUCCUGCUUCUUCUUUUCUUUUCUCUUUCGUUUUUUGGGUUUUUUU